AAUAUUUUCUUCUUCAUCAUCCAAAUAUUUGCAUGUGGGGAUACACCAUAACAAUAGAGGAUGCUAUCAUUUUGCCAAAAAAAAAAAAAAAAAAAAGAGUGAGAAAAAUGUCUACCAAAGCUGAGAGAAUCAAUGAUUAUGAGAACAUUCACCCAAACCAUGCCUUUUGAAUGAUAGACUUACAAGCUGCCCAGAAAUACGGAGUGGAUGUCACUUUUGAUGCGAACACAGCUCGUCCUUUCCUCCUUCCUGGAAUGGAGGGGAAAAGCUCUCGUUAUUCCUCUCACCAAAACAAGCACAGGGGCACUCAGGGCUUGGAGCCCUUGUACUGUGUGCUGGGCAAGGAGAGAUUCACUUCAGGACGAUGCUACUGGGAGGUGCAGGUAGAAGAUAAGGUGAAGUGCAUGGUGGGAUUCUGUAACGACUCAGUCAUGAGAAAAAGGAGGUGCGAGAUCGUACCAGUAACUGAGUUGUGGACUAUCUCUCUGAAGAAAGAGAAUCAGUACUGGGCUAAAUCUAGGCCUCCAACCCGUCUCUACUUGAGAGUGGCCCCCAAGGUAGUGGGGAUUUUCCUGGACUAUGAAGCUGGCUGCAUCUCUUUCUACAAUGUGACUGAUGAUUCCCAUAUCUACACCUUCCAGGAUACCUUUAGAGAGGCCCUGCGGCCAUUUAUCUACUCUGACCCCUUGUUAACAUAGGAAAACAUUGUCCCUAUUCCUAAAACCAAAAGGGAGCCUGGAAAUUGUUUUGAGUAAGCAGAAAUGGGUUCUUGAGGAGAAGUCAUCUUAUCCACAGCCUUCAGUCUUCCCUUCAGCACAGGCUGAGAAUUCUCCCACGUGUCCCUCUCCCUUCAUAUGCAUAUCUUUUCUUCUCCUUUUGGUCCAAGGCCUUUCCAGGACUACUGUAGUACCCACCUGUCACCCAACUCUCACCCAGGUUCCAAGAUGCUGUAGCAUUCACAGCAGGGUAACAACUUCUUGGAAGAUGGACUACACCAAGUUGCAGGUUACUGAUGGGACUCAAACAUCUCAGUGAGUUAGAGAGAUCUCUAUCCUAAGACUAUAAAGAUGACCUUGAGUGGAAUGGGCAGAAGAGAACAAUUUGUUCAACGGCCAUGAUGUCAGUUAAAGCAGGCUUCUUGGAGCAUUAGAACUUGGUUAGACAUUAAAGGUACCAAGGUCAUCUGAUGUAUCCGGGCCAUCAUCAAUCAUCUUGACUUUUGUCUUGCCAUUAGACUUCAGUUAUUCUGGAAGAGAGAAUAAGGAUGAUAAGUUUGUGCAACUCCACCUCAGUUAAAUCCAAUCACUCUCAAGUCAAAAUGUCCUAUAUCAUGGUUCCUCUUUGCAAAUAAAGGGUAAUCACCAACAGCA